AUGAAGGCUCUGCUUGUCCUAUUCUUUCUUUGUGUUAUUGGGACUAACUGUGGAUCACUGUAUAAUGAUAUCCUAUUGAAGCUGGGGAGGAAAGAAGCCGUGCUUGAUAGCGAGCUCGAUGCCUUAGCUCAUGCCAACCCUGACGACCUUCCUGACGCAGUGAGGAAACUAGUCCGUUCUCUACCUCAAGGGCAACAUCUGUGUUGUCGCAAUAAGCCUGUGAUCAUCGAAACCAAGUCGAGGAAGGUCCAGCGAGUGCGUGCUGUGUUAGAUACAGUAGCUACGUCCCAUAAAUGCGGGUUUCUCAACACUGGGCAUUGUUCUUCUACAGACGAAGUUUACAGACAAGAGACAUUCUACGUGACUGAAUACUACACACAUGUGAGAAACGGGGACUGUCCUGAUCGUCACAUUGUCUGCUGCAAUAUGUACAUCAUGGUGUCUGAAUCUUGUGUUCAUCUGGAUGACCUUCAUGAACUUACCACUCAACUUGUUGGUUAA